CCACCCUGCUCCAGCCCGCUAGGACCCCCGGCAUGGCCCAGUCCCCCACCCUGCCGGGCCUGACUCUGCUGCUGCCUCUGCUCUUACAGCUCUUACAGUCCUGGGCGUCCACCAGAGCUGGGACCAGGAAGGUGGUCGUGCUGGCUCCCGUGGAGUUGCGUGGCUCCCUGGGUGAUACCCUGACCCUGCCGUGUCACCUGCAAAGUCUGGAUUCCAAAACCCAGCGGGUGACUCUGAUCAGUUGGAAGCGGCUGGACUCGCUGGGGGAUCCCAGCAUUGUGGCCGAAUUCCACCGGGAGCAGGGCCCCAGCAUCCCGGAGGCCGACCGUGUGGAGUUCAAGGCUGCCAGGUUGGGUGCGGACCUGCUGGAUGCCUCGCUGACCAUUCGUGAGCUGAGCCCUGGGGAUGAGGCCAACUACACCUGCGAGAUCCACAUCAGCCCAUCCCAAAUGGGGAGCGCAAGCACCUGGCUCCGGGUGUUCUAUGCCCCCCAGGUUUCCAUCGCCCUCUAUGAUGACACUGGGCAGCAGGGCCAAAGGGAGAUCAGCCUGACCUGUGACGCCCGCAGCAAUCCAGAGCCCAAGAGCUACAACUGGAGCACGACCACGGGCCCCCUGCCCCCCUCUGCUGCACCCCAGGGCUCCCAGCUCCUGAUCCAGCCCACUGAGGAGUCCAUCAACACAACCUUCAUUUGUCACGUCUCCAAUGACCUAGGGACGGGCCAGGCAGCCAUGAGAGUCCUGAUCCCAGGAUCUCCCCGGGAACCAUCACCCUCAUACUCAGCUCUCCAGAUCGGCCUCUGUGUUUCAGGAAUCGUGUUGGUGGCUGUGCUGGGAGCCAUGGUUUAUUCCCGGUAUCGGAGACAGUCCCGCCAGGACUCCCACAGCGGCCCUGAUCACAGGGCUGUCUCCUAUGAAACUGUGCAGAGAGAAGCCAGCGCUUCCCAGGACCCACUGACAGAGGACACAGAUGGACUAACCUAGAGAUGCUGGAGCUGGGACAGGCUCUGGAUGGAUGACCAGUUAGACACUCCUUGUCUGCUAAGAGAAUGUUACUGACUCCUUCAGAACUACAAAAGCUAAAACGUUAAUGUAUUACUGUGUUGGGUUGCUAUGGUUUUGGUUGUGUUAAGAUUUCAUGGGGGGCACUGUCAUUAAAAAUGUAUCUAACAUUUUAAGAAUGAAAGUUCUAUGUAUAAUUUGGUAUAAUUUGUAUAAUUUGGUAUAAUUUAUAAUUUUUAUAUUUGUAUAAUUUAUAAUCUGGCUAUUAUAAUUUUGUACCUAUCGGGUUGGUACCAAAGGAACCCUUUCCUGACCCCUCCCGCUGUCCUACCACCAUCCUUAGGAGUCAGAGAAUCUGAUGGUGCAAAUCAACCAAUCAGAGAUGAGUAUGUAUGCAUGUAUGUAUGUGUGCACACAUGACUGGCCUUUAUAGUCAUCAUCCGUUUUUCUGUUUGUGCACUGGAGAGUCAGAGCAGGACGAAAUCAGAAAUAGAAGCCUUCAGACCAGCUGCAUCGCUGGUCAGAGUGUGAGGCCAUGUGUACUAAUAUUUAAAAAUGUCUGGUCUUCGAUGCUGGCGUGGAUGUGGCGAGAAAGGGACACUCCUUCACUGUUGGUGGGAAUGUCCACUGGUUCAGCCCUUCUGGAAAACAGUAUGGACGAUUCUCAAAAAAUUAGAAAUUGAGAUCCCAUUUGACCCAGCAAUACCACUCCUGGGAAUAUAUCCCAGAGAGGCAAAAAUGUAUAGUCGAAGUGACAUCUGCACUUGUUUGUUCAUUGCAGCACUCUUUACAAUAGCCAGAAACUGGAAGAAACCUGAAUGCCCAAGAACAGAUGACUGGUUAAAGAAACUUUGGUACAUCUACACAAUGGAGUACUAUGUAGCUCUUAGAAAAGAUGAAGUCAUGAACUUUACAUAUAAGUGGUACAAUAUGGAAAGUAUCAUGCUAAGCGAAAUGAGUCAGAAAGAGAGGGAUAGACAUAGAAAGAUUGCAUUCAUCUGGGGGAUAUAAAGUAACAAAGUAUGAGAUUAAUACCCAAGAAUAGCUGAGAUCAGCACCAGGAGGAUUACUCCAUAACUUAGAGGCUAGCCGGGUAUCCUAGAGGAAAGGGCAGUUCAGAUAGAGAAGGGAGCACCAAAUAAAGGAUG